AUGACCUCCGUGAGGGUGGGCUGCCAUGCAAAAGUAGUAGCUGCAGCUCCUCAACGCGCAGCUCAGCCCACAGACGCCUUUGCUAAAUCUGUCAUGGCCGCAGUGGCCAGCUGUCGCGCCGUUUCCACCCGAAAGAUGCGAAAGGUGUCAGCCUGCAGGACGCAUAGAGGGAAAGGAGUGCGGAGCGUGGACUUGCCGCCUGCACCCUCUGAUCUGACGCAGAUUGAAUGGGAGGACUAUGCAGGCCACCUGAUGCUGGCGGUGACCUUGACAUGUGCUUGUGCUAUCCUUUCAUUUGUCCUUGCUUCGCCUUUUCUAGCUGCUCUUGCCGGAGCACUGGCGGUGCCCAUCGUUGUUUUUCAACACGAUGUGCGUCACCUCCAUCAUACAGGCGCAAGCUUCGAGGAAAAGCUCUCGGAUGUGCUGGUGCUGAUUACUGGGACAUGCUAUGGCAUCCUGCCAUGGUCAGGGGUGCAUGUCAAGCAUCAUGCCUUCACCGGCAGUUAUCAGGGCGCUGUAUUGGCGCAGUCACUCCGCCAUGGCACUCCAGCUGGCAGCGUGAACAUGGGAGAUCUGGACGACCUAGCAGGGCCGCUGCGGCACGGCAACCCUUUCGAACCGGCAAGGCACAAUCCCAUCCUCCGGGCGAUGACCGCUCUCUGCUGCAUGCUUCUGACGUUGAGUCUCUUUCAAGGAAUGUUCAUGCUUCAGAGCUUGGUGGGGCCGCUGCAGAGUGCGAAGUGCUCUGCUCAUGACCGCGAAGUGGUUUGGAAAGGUGCGGCUCUGACAGCCAUGCACCUGGCACUGGGGCUUUGCCUGCUGGGGCCGGUUGGCUUUGCCAUGUACAGCAUUGGCAUGAGUGCAUGCUUGACUCUGCUGACAGCACCAGUGCACGAUGCGAGGGGCGUGCCGCCCAGUUCCGUUGGUUACUAUGCGCAGCAGGUGGCGGCCACUGCUAACAUUGCAGAGCAUGAGAAUCCUUUCAUCCGAUACUUUAUGAUGG